AUGGUGCUCGUCCUCCAGAUCAGCACGCUGCUCAUUACAGUCCUUACAGCAAAUGCACUAAUCUUUGAACUCCCUUCCGGCGCGCACAAGCGCAGCACACGACACCGCGACAUCUCGAGAAAGGUCAAAAGAGCACCCAAUCUCCCUAGCGCUUGGUCCUAUUACGGCUGUAUAACCGAUGGUCCCCAACGUACUCUUAAUGCCAUGUCAUUCACGUCAGACUCUAUGACCGUCGAGUCCUGCGUAAACUUUUGCGACGGGCAUGGAUACGUUUACGCCGGUCUCGAAUAUUCGAGGGAGUGCUACUGUGACAAUACCUUGCAAAACGGCGCUACGACUACAACAGACUGCAAUCUUCUCUGCAGUGGAGACUCGUCCGAAGUUUGUGGUGGAGGCUACAAGCUUUCGACUUACAAGUCUUCCAACGCGGUUGCGACUCCGCUUUCUUCGUACAAUGGCUAUGUAUACAAGGGAUGCUACACGGAUUCUAUCGAGUCUCGAUCCGUACCUGUGGGUAUGGGAUUUACUGGCUCUUUGACGCCACAGAAGUGCAUCGACGCCUGCGCCGCUCAAGGGUACUCUUACGCCGGGCUCGAAUAUGCUCAAGAGUGCUACUGCGGCAACACCAACUCGGGCACCUUGGCGGAUGAAACUGGAUGUAACAUGCCUUGUGCCGGAGACGGAGCACAUUUAUGCGGUGGUGGGAACAGGCUUACGCUCUAUCAAUCCGGCACGUUUGGCAGAGGCGAUCCAUCAUGGUCAUAUGUCAACUGCUAUACCGACAGUGUGGGUCAGAGGACUCUUCCUACCCCACUGGGUAUCGCAAGUAUGACCAUUGGCAAGUGUGAGGCCGCUUGUGGCGCAGCCGGCUUCCUUUACGCUGGUGUCGAGUAUGGUGGUGAAUGCUGGUGUGGAAACACCAUCCUCGGCACGGCGACCGUCGCCGCCAGUGGUGCUUGUAAUAUGGCUUGCAAUGGUGAUGCUACUGAGAUUUGCGGCGGUGGAAAUGCAAUCAAUAUCUAUCGAAGCGGGUCUAGUGGGCCAUCAGUCGUACCAAGUUAUGGUCAAUGGACAAGUCAGGGCUGCUAUGUGGACUCCGUCGCCCAACGCUCCCUCCCUGUGGCCAUGGCCGUCAGCGGGGGCCCAGCAGCAAUGACCGUCGAGAGCUGCCUUGAUGCCUGCGGUACCAACGGAUAUACAUAUGCUGGUACCGAGUACGGCGGCGAGUGCUAUUGUGGCUCCAGCAUUGCGGCCGGAAAAGCUGAGGAUGGACGAUGCUCCAUGAGCUGUAAUGGGAAUCCAGCAGAGAUCUGCGGUGGUCCAAACGGACUUUCUCUCUACAUCUUGACCACUAGCUCGACGACCCAGACGACUCAGAGUUCUACAAGUUCUUCAACUUCUACCAGCCAGACAAGCUCUGCAAGUUCCACCAGUCAGACAAGCUCUACCAGUUCGACAAGUUUGACAAGCUCGACAAGCUCCACCAGUCAGACGAGCCAGAGCAGCCAAACCACGUCGACAUCCACGUAUACAACGCCAACGGGAACGUCGACUUCUACAAGCCCAAGUUCUACCCCCACCGGUGCUAGCUGCCCAUCCAAGCCAGCCUGUGUGAGACAAUACACAUCAAUCGCAGGAGAUACAUGCGCUUCCAUCGCUCUCGCCUAUGGCCUUCAAGCCGCUGAUAUCCAAACUGCAAACGCCGGCCUCAAUUGCAACAGUAUCGGCGCCUCGACCUCUGUCUGCAUCCCAUCCUCGUGCACAAGCGUGUAUGUUACUCAAGGCUCGACUACAUGCGACAAUGUUGGAACUCUGGUCGGUGUUACCGCACAGGUCAUCCUCGCGUCCAAUCCGACCAUCAACUGCAACUCUAUCGCUCAGGCGUUGCACAUGAUGGAUGCCCAGCCCACUCCCAUCGUUCAAGGAUCUCGUGAUUUGGAGCCUUCUAAUGCGACGAAUAAAGACGAAGAUGUGUUGUUUACGUUUGCAGCUAUGUCGCGCCAACGGGACGGCAUCUCUCGCUGGGGAAUCCCCGGCCGCAUAUGGGAAGCAGCAUACCUCUUGACACGAUAUCUGGCUUCGGGCAGUGUGGAUACGGUAUAUUCUCGCCUGGACAUGCGUGGGCAAGGCAAAGAUGAGGGUCCAUCCGGCAUGAGGGUCGUCGAGUAUGAUCCGCCGUGGACACCGGGAUUCACGCUGCCGGGUACCAACGUGGACUACUAUCGGCACGCAAGAAGCGACGAGAAGGCGGCGGUGGUGGAUGUAGACACGAGUGGGUUGAGGAAACGGGUGGAAGUGGACACGCGCGAGGUGGUGCUCAUCGAACUCGGAGCCGGGAUGGGUUAUGUCGGGCUUGCGGCCGCAGAAUCGCUUCUACGCUUCGUACAGGAUGCCAGCAAGGGGGUGGCGGCGGUCGUCCUCACGGAUCUUCCAGACGUGUGCGUGCUCCUGAAAGAGAACGUGGCGUUGCAGAUGGAACAGUGGAAACGUGAUGGUAUUCACGGCAUCGCCUUUGAUAUGGCCAGGGAUGGCGAUGACAAUGGGUUCGGACCGGGAGGAACGGAUGGUCAGGGGGAGGAUAACCGAGGAGGAUCAAACUCUGCCGGCAAUGUCACGAUACAAGUCCGAGAUCUCGCGUGGGGGAACGCGGAGCACGUCCGGAUGCUAUCGACCGAACUAUGUACGCGGUACCUUGUCGAACGAGACGGCGAGCAUGGUCCACGGUUGACGAUUCUGUGUAGUGACCUGGUGGGUCCCAUGGUUCAAAACAAGCUUGUUCUAGCGCGCUCACAAACGUGUUCCGUGCUCCACAUGGAUCGUCGACCCCAUGGCAUGCGCAUGCGUUUCGUCGCUGUCACUGAUCCUUCGGGGCUUCGGGUCUGGCUCUUUACAGGUCUACUUUCCAACCCUGCUUGCACCACUACUGCGUUCACUCAUCCAAAUCACCUCGCCGGACUUUCUCCCGGUACCCUAUUCCAAACCCCACUACCUUCUCGUCAUCAGCUUCUCAUUAAUAAUGCAGACCGCGUUCGCAGCAUCGAGCGAGAGACACCCUUCUGGCGUGCUUUCGGCGCCUGGUUUCAUUUUCAGCCCAUUCUCACACGCUCCCAAACUACAGCCAAUGAUCGAAAUGGACCAAAUGCGGAUAUCUAUAGCGAAUGGCAGCGCGUAGGCUGGGAUGAGCCUGGACUCUCAUUCUUAUUCGUAGCCCAUCGGCGUCCAGAGACACUAGACUGGGUGUGUCCACAGGAUGACAAGGAGCUCCUUUACGGUGGUCAGGUGGACGACACGUUUGAAAUCCUGCUCAUGUUAUGUAGCGCCAAUGGCGCUAUCGGUGACUAG